UCUUCCCUAGUCCAAGCUUAAACAUGGCCUUGUCUUUCCCUCCACGCCCGUUGCUCGAGCGUCUUUCUUCUCAAGAAAAGAUUUCCCUAUAAGUUCAGACGCGUCCACCAGCCCUCCUCGGCGUCAUAGCAGCAACAUCUUCUCCUUCCUCGUUAGCCUGAUCAUCUCCUCUCGUCCCUCGGGAGUGUUCCUUCGUGAAUCGUGAUGGAGGCCGGCAAGCAGCUGACCGUGGUGGCGCCGGCCGUCGCGGCACCGUCGAUGCACAUGGAGGAGACGACGAGGCCCAUGGGGCAGCUGAUCAAGGAGGAGGCGGUCGCUCUCACGGAGCAGCAGCGGGGCUGUAGGACGACGGCACUGGCGUGGACGCCGUGGGCCAGCAUCAAGAGCAAGGCCCGCGCCGCCGGCGAGUACGCCGUCCUCAGGACCCGCCAGGGUAUCACCAUGUUCGGGGAGCCCAAGCUCGGGCCAUUGGUCAAGGCGGCCGCCGCCAACGAGGAGUCCCACUCCCACUAGGUGUUCUUCCUGAUCCAUGAAGCAGCAAACGAGUGCGAAUUCUCUUGUCAGCAGCUCAGGUUUGGCGCCCUCAGGUUUCGACAUGGUCAGGUCUUCCGAGUAGAUGAGCUAGCUAGUCGUGCCGUUCGGUCAUGGUUUACUUUUUAGUAGUAGAACAGAAGUUAAUUUUUCCGUGAAAGAUUUUGAGUUUAAGUUAAUUUUUCCGUGAAAGAUUUUGAGUUUUUUU